CUUAAAGAACUGGAUUGUUCGCGAAAGACCCAUCAAGAGUUUGGCCAAGGUGCGGCGGAGAAAAUCGUCUGGCGUGAACAGCACAAUGGCCGACGUGGAAAAAAUCAACAUAGACAGCGUAAUCCAACGUCUCUUAGAAGUAAGAGGAGCUAAACCUGGGAAGAAUGUCCAGUUGCAGGAGAUGGAGAUUCGAGGUUUGUGUCUGAAAUCCAGGGAGAUAUUCCUGAGUCAGCCCAUUCUUCUGGAGCUGGAAGCCCCCCUCAAAAUAUGCGGUGACAUCCAUGGGCAAUAUUACGAUCUGCUGAGACUGUUUGAAUAUGGGGGCUUCCCUCCAGAGAGCAACUACUUGUUUUUGGGGGACUACGUGGACAGGGGCAAGCAAUCCCUGGAAACCAUCUGUCUUUUGCUUGCCUACAAAAUUAAAUACCCAGAGAACUUCUUCCUGUUGAGGGGAAACCACGAGUGUGCUUCAAUCAACAGAAUAUAUGGUUUUUAUGAUGAGUGUAAAAGAAGGUACAACAUCAAACUCUGGAAGACUUUUACUGACUGUUUUAACUGCCUCCCAAUUGCGGCGAUUGUGGAUGAAAAGAUAUUUUGCUGUCACGGAGGACUUUCACCUGACCUUCAGUCCAUGGAGCAGAUCAGACGCAUCAUGCGACCCACUGACGUACCAGACCAAGGCCUGCUCUGUGAUUUGCUCUGGUCUGAUCCAGACAAAGAUGUUUUGGGUUGGGGCGAGAAUGACCGAGGUGUCUCGUUUACUUUUGGCUCAGAGGUGGUGGCCAAGUUUUUGCACAAACAUGAUCUGGAUCUGAUCUGUCGUGCCCAUCAGGUUGUUGAGGACGGCUAUGAGUUUUUUGCAAAAAGGCAGCUGGUGACUCUUUUCUCUGCGCCUAAUUAUUGUGGGGAGUUUGACAACGCCGGUGCCAUGAUGAGUGUGGAUGAGACCCUCAUGUGCUCGUUUCAGAUUUUGAAACCAGCCGAGAAGAAGAAGCCCAACGGCAGCCGUCCCGUCACCCCCCCUCGCAAUUUGGUCACCAAGCAAGCAAAGAAAUAAAGGAUUAGUUGUUCUUCUUUUGUCCCCUUCGUUGGAGGGAUUGGUUAACCUUAAUGUUGCCAGUACUGAAAAGAUUUCCACUCUCAUUUUAGGAAAGCAAAAUAUUGAGUUGUUGUCCGCAGGGGUGAAUUUAUAUGUCACCAUGAAAACCUCAGGUGUUUUGCACUCCAUUUUGCAGCUGGACUUUGCCACAUGACUGUUGAAUCAGGACAAAUGUAACAAUAAUGCUACUUAUGCACAGGAAUGCCUUGUUUAAAUCGGUGCAACAGUUCAAGCAGUUCCUUUUGUCAUGUAAUGUUUUUCAUUGUUUUAUUUCUUCACUGUCAGUAAAGGCUGUUAAUAGCCAGACACAACGGCGAUCACCACAAACACCAGUUGACUUUAACUGCUUCAAGUUUAGUACAGACUCAUUCACCUCUUCACAUUUUUAAGCCUGUGUUGUACUAAAUUAUAUGAAGAAAUGAGCACUCUUGUAAUGUUAAAUCUUUCUAAUAAACUUUGAGUGUAUUUAA